CGUGCGCACUGCGACUGGGAAAGGCGGCCUGCGGCGCGCCGGGCGGUCUCAGCCUGGCGUCCGCGUUCCCCUUCUAGGCCCGCCUCCGUACCGGAGAAAGUAGAGGAUUGGCUACCCUGGAUCCGGGUCGGGGCGGGGAUUGGCUGAUUGGCAACAACCAUCUGGGACAACCAAUCUGGAGGCCUGAGUAGCUGGAGAGGGUGCUGGCUGCCGCGCGGCGGAGUGUGCUUUAUGGACCAUGUGCUGCUAUGUAUGCCUGAAAUACUUGAAAUGCAAAUUUGGGGAGACUUUGCCAUCUAAAUGCUUGGCUGGAUUAAGCGUCUGAUUAGGAUGGUUCUUCAGCAAGCUGGAGUAAGCAUGCAAUCGGUACUUUGGUCUGGGAAGCCCUAUGGUUCAUCUCGAAGUAUCGUAAGGAAGAUCGGUACUAAUUUAUCUCUGAUUCAGUGCCCAAGAGUUCAGUUUCAGCUCACCAGUCAAACAGCGGAGUGGAGCCCCAGCCCAGGAGAGGAUGCGGUGGCCUCUUUCGCGGAUGUUGGCUGGGUCGCCAGAGAAGAGGGGGAAUGUUCAACAAGACUGAGGACGGAGGUCAGGGUAAGGCCGACCCUCCAGGAUGAUGUUCCUUUCUUUGAGAAGCCCCCGAGCAGGCAGAUUUCCCUACCAAACCUGUCUCAAGAAGAGCCACAACUGAAGACUACAGCACUGGCCAAUGAGGAAGCACUGCAGAAGAUCUCUGCACUUGAAAAUGAACUUGCUGCUCUCAGAGCUCAGAUUGCCAAAAUUGUCACCCUGCAAGAGCAGCAAAACCUCAUUGCAGAUUCUACCACAUCUGUUAAAACAGCAGCACCCCUUCCCCCACCCCCUCCUCCCCCACCCCCACCACCUCCCCCUGCAUUCCACCAAAGUCUGUCUGCCAUUGACCUGAUUAAAGAGAGACGGGAGAAAAAAGCCAAUGGUGGACAAACUUUGGUUAAGAACAAUCCAAAGAAACCAGACAUGCCAAAUAUGUUAGAGAUCCUUAAAGAUAUGAAUAGUGUGAAACUUCGGGCAGUGAAGAGGCCAGAGCAAGAUGUAAAACCCAAACCAGCAGAUGCUACUGACCCUGGUGCCCUAAUAGCAGAGGCUCUGAAAAAGAAGUUUGCCUAUCGGUAUCGAAACGAUGGCCAAGGUGAAGUUGAGAAAGGAGUUCCAAAGUGUGAAGCAGAGUCCACCUCAGAGAAGGUGUUGUUUGGGCCACAUAUGUUGAAGUCUACAGGAAAAAUGAAGGCUUUAGUCGACAGUGUCUCCAACUCCUAACAGAGAGUGUGCUGAGAAAGACUGCGGGGUUUGGCUGCUGGUUUGUGAGGGCUGUCUGCGGCUGGUAGAAAGCAACACUAUUUAGUAAAUCCUGACUUUAGUAU